CCGCCACGACCUCGUACGUAGCCGAACGACACGGCGACAAAAAUCCAGACCGCAUUCUUCUUGUCAAGCGGACUUUGACUUUCGCUUUCCCUCUUUUUUGUCUAAUAAAUUCGCUCAUCCCAAACCGUCACCACUGCCGGACGAUUUGGAAACAGCAAAGAUCUCUACGCUUUCUUUUGGUACAAUACGUUUCUACCUUCCUUGUCAAUAGUAUUUUUUUGAUCCUCGACUGUUGCUUCCCGCCAGCGGCACGCUCGUCUCUACCAAACGAACCCGACAUAAGCAACCCCUACCUACUUCCUUAGCCUACUACUGACGACCGACACGACCUGACGACUUGAACGAACAUCUUCCGCUUCACUCGCCCAUAAUCGACAUUAUUGCCUUUGGCAAGGCAUAGAGUGCCUCUUUUUUGGAUCUGCAUCCAUCACUAUCAUUUCAAGGCUUUCCACAAGCCCCUCGUCACUUUGGUCAGGGGUAUAGAAUCGCGCCUGGUGUCUUUCGCCUUGUCUAUACGCUUCCCGAUCAACUCGAAAAUUGGACUAUUUGUCAACUUCCAGCCUUAUCAACACGAGCUAUUCGGACUCGAACUAUACAAUGGCUACCGAAGCUCCUCGUCAAUAUGUGCCCCUGACCUGCCACGGUCAUUCGCGACCAGUUCCCCACAUCAACUUCUCUUCUACCUUCGAGAGCGAGAACUACUUUAUGAUUUCGGCCUGCAAAGAUGGAAACCCCAUGCUGCGGCAAGGUCAGACAGGAGACUGGAUCGGCACUUUUAUCGGCCACAAGGGUGCUGUUUGGCAGGCAAAGUUGAGCCCUGACAUGAGUAAUGCCGCUACCGCCUCGGCCGAUUUCAGUUGCAAAAUCUGGAACUCUCACACCGGCGAGGUUCUCUUCACUCUCAAACAUGAACACAUUGUUCGUGCCAUCGCAUACCCUCCGAACACCUCCGACAUGGUAGCCACAGGUGGCUUCGAGAAAAGGCUGCGUUUGUGGGAUCUCCAGGCGGCGUCCAAGAAACUCGCUGAGACUACGGAGGAGGUUGCGAUCGAUUCCUCGGAGGCCCACGAGAUUGGUGCGGGCACACACACUGAUCCCAUCAAGGCUAUUGUCUGGUCUCCGGACCCAACCAAGAUCAUCACAGCCUCGGGCAAGACUCUACGCUGGUUUGAUGUACCGACUAAGAGUCUGGUCAAGUCCCUCGUUCUUGAUGACGAGAUCAAGUCGUGCGAGUCCUCACAGCUUGAUCCCCAAUUUGCGGAUGCCAGUGAUAUCAACGGUGGAUCUCCUGUGCUCGCUGUGGCGGCGGGGAAGACGGUUAUCUUCUUCGGCGGCCGUCAGAUGAACGAAGAGCUGAAGCGUAUCAAACUAAGCCACGGUAUUGCGAGUGUGGCUCUGGACCUGAAACAGAGGAAGUUUGCUGUGGGUGAAGAGCCCGGUACUUGGGUGCGCGUCUACAGCUACGAAGAUGGAAAGGAGAUUGAUGUGCACAAGGGCCACCAUGGGCCGGUAUGGUCGAUUGCUUUUUCUCCUGACGGCAAGCUGUACGCUACAGCUUCCGAAGACGGAACAAUCAAGUUGUGGAAAAAUUGCGAGGGUUUCUACGGCCUUUGGCGUGGUGGUGCUAAUGGGGUCGAGAAGUCGUCGGACUAGAAGUCACGACGCUCGCUCGAUUCCGCGACAGUGGACAGCGGGGUUCAGUCGGACUAGUCCUCCUCGGCCCACGCUAAAGAGUCUACGAGAACAUCACACGAGUCUGGACAUUCGGCUCUUCAGUCUCAGGAACUUGUUCGCGCGAAUUCCCCGGGUUACUCUGCGAAGUUUCCCGAACCAUCCGAUGCUGUCAAGUUGGAACUCUUCGCUCUGCGCUCACCAACAAGCGGGAUUGUUAUCAGCCACGAUUUGCAAACCCACCCGCAAAAUUGUCACAAACACCCUUCAGCGCACCCAUCAACGAAUGGUGUGUGGUUGAACCCGCGUUUGGUAGGAAAUAGUGAGACUGGUUCGUGUAGCUCUGGAAGCUUGGGAUAUGUCACGGCGUCAUCUCUCACAGGCAGCCAGCACCUUGAAGCUAGCAACCGACCACGAACACAAUCUGACCUGCCUUGUCCCAGCCGGGAUCUUAGCCCCGGCGCCCACAGAAAACUCAAGUUUCUUGCGGCACUCGGCCGUCGCGGGCUUACAUUUAGCGAACCUCUCCCCCACCCCCCAAACCCCUGCAGCUGAUUGCGCCUUGUCUUGAUCAGUCAGUGCAUGGAACCCCCAGAAAAGAAAGAGAAAAUACACAGAUGAUGUACCAUGCAACAUUGUUGAUACACCUGGUGCACCUCUAGUCUACAGUCUGGAUACGCAGCAUACCCCCUUGGCAAUUCAUGUUGAGCUGGCUUGGCCUCUAUACUCAACCGUUUGUGUCAGUCUGGUCGCCGCACUCAUCCAGCUUGCUUUAUAAGAAUACAUAGUUUCCUACUUCCCAGUUACCGCAUAUAUUUUUGACUCACGUUGUCCGCACCUCUGUUCUUUUGGUUUUUUAUUGGUGCUAGAAUUUGUUCAACUUGAGCCAUAAAUCAACCUAGUUUCUUCUUUUUUUUUGUAAGAUUCGCAUUUUUUUAGCGCAAAAGAUAACGCAAAAUCAGCGCGAGCUGAGCAUUUCGGAGUUGGGUCCCCAUGGCUUGGAUCUGGCAGAGACUGGGUGGGUUGUGAUUCACUUAAGCGCACAAGCAAUAGACGCACAUAGAAAAGCUUCACAUAACGCAUUUGACUGGUUACACUGAUCUGGAGUGUUUUUUUUUUUUCUUCUUUUUUUUUCUCCUGUGUUUAAUU